AUGAACGAAUUACCUGUUACCCAUCGGUCGAAGGACUUGGUCUCGUCAGGCCCCGACGAAACUUCGCGUCCGACUGCCCAAUCAUCCGACACCGCCACUGCCAUCUGCCGAAUAUGUCGCGGGGAGGGAACCUCCUCCGAGCCGCUGUUCUUUCCUUGCAAAUGCAGCGGCAGCAUAAAAUAUGUCCACCAAGACUGUUUGAUGGAAUGGCUCUCGCAUUCUCAAAAGAAGCACUGCGAGCUUUGCAAGACGUCUUUCCGAUUUACAAAACUUUACGCACCGGACAUGCCGCAGUCCCUCCCCGUGCACAUAUUUCUGGAGCACAUGGCGAAAUAUCUUGUGCGCAACCUGUUGACGUGGCUUCGAGCCGUAGUGACAAUCACUGUUUGGGCCUGCUGGUUGCCUUACUUUAUGCGAGUUGUUUGGGCCUUCAUGUUUUGGAUUAGUGACGAAGGGUUAGCAGCAGGACCCUUCGAUUCGCGGCAAACGACCAAAUCAUUCAGGCCAAAUAGUGAUUUGCUCAGUUCGACUGGGUCGUGUCUCAAGGAGAACGUAUUUUACGACAGCAUCACUUCCCGAAACAGCGUUGCCUUUUUGAACAGUACCGCCGAUUCUACAUCACCGACCUUGCUGAGCGAUGUUGGAUUUUUGAGAAAUCUCACCCCAAGUUCGACGGUAAAUCGAACUAUUAUUACCGUGAUUGAGGGCCAAAUCAUUACAGUUCUCGUCAUCGUGUGCUUCAUUCUGGUCAUUCUGGUCCGUGAUUACGUCGUUCAGCAGCAACCAGAAAUCAAUAUGCGGGCUGCCUUUGCUGAUCAAGGAAAUAUUCAACCUGCUCCUCAUCCGCAUGUCGAACAGACCGUCGGUGAUGAAGAGGGACAUCAGUCGGAUGAAGCCAGAUCAGAUGAUGAGACGCCAGAGCCUGCUGUCCCGGAAAAUGAGCCUUCGGAAUAUGAUGUCGAGCCCCUUGUCGAAGUCGAAGCGAAAGCAGAAGCAGAGGCUGGGGCUGAGGCAACCGAAGGCUGUACAGCCCCUUCAACCGCGCCAUUGUUUGCUCAACCCACUCCGAUCUAUGCAGCUGAGCAACAGUCAUCCACGGCCCAAGACGAAGUAGUCGCUGGUCUAGAAAAUAGAGCUAGUGUCAUUGACUACCUGCGAGUAUAUCGUCGCGCUGACGGUAAUCUCGAGAGAAUUCUGGAAAUUGUUGAAGAAGAAGGUUUGGAGGAGAAGCUUGGCUACUGGGUCAACGUUACCAGGCGGUCCAUACGUGAGAGAGAGACGACUGCGCAACAAGCAUCUAGUACUCCUACGCCAGAACAGCCUGCCCAGGCCAAUCAUCCAGUUACACCAACCAUUGACCUUGACGAGUUUGGCGCGAACAGAACUUUGGUCCCCGGUCCGGAUGAAAGUGAGUGUUCUCGCGAACACUCAAAAGGCAAGGAGCGGGAAUGGUUGCCCAUUUCUCCAGGACCUUCGAUUACUUCAUCACCAGUAGCCGGCGCCUCCAGACCAAGAGCUCGCUCAGAUGGCCCUGAACUGCACCAAGUCACGAAUCCUUUGGCGAACAAUAAUUGGUCCUUUGCUGAUCUUCCUGCUACGUCUGAGGUGGAAGACACGAACCAUGACUGGGUCUCAAACCCUACCCCGAAUUAUCCCACCGAAAUCAUGGCCGCUGGAGAUGAUUAUUGUUCAAGACAUGAUAACAUUCAAAGCGAGACUCCUAGCCAUUCGAUCGACGGCGAUGACGACACGUUCGUUGACCACAGUAGUGGCUUGCCUCCUGCCAUUCCGGAUGAGUCCGGUGUUGCUGGUGAACCAGAGCAGAGAGGUCUACUGGUUCGUGUGGCGAACUUCAUGUGGGGCGAUCUGGAUCAUCACCAAGGCGCCGAAGAGCAGCAACAGGAACCCGCGGCGGUUGACAUCGGGGGAGAUGCUCGCGAAAAUGGCGGCGCAGAAGAGAAUGCUUGGAUUGAUGAUGACGUCGCGGAGCCGGCAGACGCUAAUGGUGAUGCCAACGUCGGCGAAAUAGAAGUGGCUCCUGCCGCAGGCAUGGAUGCUGAUGCUAUGGAUGACCUUGAGGACUUUGAAGGGGUAAUGGAACUCCUCGGCAUGCGAGGUCCCAUUGCGGGCUUAUUCCAGAACGCUAUCUUCUGUGCGGUUCUUGUGUCCGUCACCAUAUUUACAUGCAUCUUCAUUCCUUACAACAUAGGGCGAGUCUCGGUCUGGAUCAUCGCUAAUCCAGUUCAUGUCGUCCGCAUCUUCAUGGGACUUUCGAAAGUUGUUCAGGACACAGCAAUGAUGAUCUUUGGUUUUGGAUCAUGGUGCGCUUUGAACAUUAUAGACAUGUUUACGGGCGUCAUUGGUGGCGUCAUAGGUGCGAAGAUUGUCUUCGCCAGAAAGGCAUCCUGGGGGCUUUGGACAGGCGCCGGUUCCAGAGUCGUGGAUUACGCACUGAUGGAUUUUCCCAUGACAGCGUCUGAAGUGCAGAACUUCUCCGCUAUUAGCCACGAAGCCUUGAACUCUGUGAAAGGAAACGUUGGCUGGGCUUUUGACCAAGUCGACAACGGCCUAGCGAUCCUCACCAAACCCGACCUCGCGGCUUUGUUAGAUGGAAGAUUCUUUGCCGCGAUCGCAACCGCCGCCGCCACCCUCGCCACGGCUCUAGGCGGAGUCGCAGCAAGACUAUCAGAGCCGAGUUCGUGGGUAAUCGACCUAGGUAAGAUCGGCCCUCGCACGCCGAUAGAUCCGAGUCUCGCCUACUGGUCUGGACUAGAUCGCUUCUGGGCCAUUCUAGCCGGCUAUUUGACCCUAAUCACCAUCGGAGCACUAUAUCUGAGGAGAGACAGUCCUUUCUCGCGAGGCGACAUAAUGCAGGCUUGGGAAGCUGGUGUUAUCGAUACACUUCAUCAAGCAAGUGGUAUUAUGAAGGUCAUUCUUAUCAUCAGCAUCGAGAUGCUGGUGUUUCCUCUAUACUGCGGACUGCUGCUUGACGGUGCUUUGCUACCCCUCUUCGAAAACACCACAUUCAAGUCUCGCAUUCUCUUUACAUGCAACUAUCCCUUGACAUCUAUAUUUGUUCAUUGGUUUGUUGGCACGGGUUACAUGUUUCAUUUUGCCCUUUUUGUCUCGAUGUGCCGCAAGAUUAUGCGGCCGGGUGUUCUAUACUUUAUCCGAGAUCCAGACGAUCCCGAGUUUCACCCGGUGCGAGAUGUGCUGGAACGGAACUUGACGACGCAACUACGCAAGAUCCUUUUCUCGGCUUUUGUUUACGGCGCUCUUGUUAUUGUUUGCCUCGGCGGUGUCGUCUGGGGUUUGUACUACAGCAUGCCCGGGGUCUUGCCAAUCCAUUAUUCUUCCAACGAGCCCGUGCUAGAAUUUCCGGUGGAUCUUUUGUUUUACAACUUCCUGAUGCCUCUGGCAGUAAAAUUCUUCAAGCCGAGCGAUGGAUUGCAUUCCAUGUACACCUGGUGGUUCCGCAAAUGCGCACGUGGACUUCGACUUACUUAUUUCCUGUUUGGCGAACGGCGCAUUGAUGAAGAAGGUAUGCUUCAACUGAGCCCCGAGUUGCAGCAGAAGUUGCCAGCCUAUAAGUGCUUUCUUCUCGAGCUUGAUGAAAACAACAAGGUCAUCCCCAAGACAUGGAGAGACACUCUUGACGGCGGUGAUGCCAAACCUAAUACGACCAUGUCUAAAAGGGAGAUGCGAGAAAUGAGACAUAAAAAAGCUCACCUCGUCAAGACGGGGGAACUCGAAAAAAGCGGUCGCUUCGUGCGUGCUCCUGCCUCUGAUAGAGUUAAAAUUCCAAAGGGACAAAAAGUCUUCCUGACUGUAUCCGAGCGUAAUCAUCGCAAAGAUGGCAAGGAGGACACUGAUCUGUACUCUUUGGAACAGUAUCAGCUGGUAUACGUGCCACCAAACUUUCGGGUCAGGAUUUUCUUGUUCAUUCUGUUUAUUUGGCUCUUUGCUGCCGUUACGGGCGUCGGCUUUACUAUCGCACCUUUGGUCCUUGGCAGAAGUAUGUUCAAGGCCUUGAUACCAGCGCAUAUUCGGACAAACGAUAUUUACGCCUUCAGUAUUGGCAUCUAUAUGUUGGGUUCUUUAGCAUACGCAAUGCUCCGCCUGCGUUUUAUUACUGCCAAGGUGCGAGAGUGGGCUACCAAGGUCCUCAAGGAAGUCUGCGACGGCAAUAGCGGUAGCCGAGUCAUUGGUGGCACUCUGCAAGCUGCUAAGCUCCUUUACGCCUACUUCUUCUUGUUCAUCGUUUUUCCUAUGGUGGUUUCUACGCUCAUGGAACUCUAUGUCAGCGUUCCGCUUCAUACGUAUCUCAACCCACCCAAGCCAUGGCAGAGCGAUGCAUCAACACCACGCCAUGGUGCACACGCCGGUCAGCAUACCAUCCGUGUAAUCCAGUCAUGGACUCUAGGGCUUUUGUACCUGAAUCUGGCAACCCGGAUGAUAACGUCCCUAUUUCCAGAUGCUCGGGUCGCCGUAGCUGUGCGGUCUGUCAUGCGUCGUGGGUACCUACAACCUGAUGUUGAUGUUCUCACCAGAGCCUUCAUUGUGCCUGGUGUUACGGCUUCUCUUGUUGCCAUAUUUGGGCCACCGCUGACAGCAAACGUUCUAAUCAAUCUUGGCGCGUUUGGUCCUUUAAAAAACGUUGAUGGUGUGAUGGUCGCAGCAGACGCCGUCAGUCUGUCACUCAUUUACAGACACUCCUACCCGGCAGCCGCAUUGGCGGCUCUCGUAACAAAAUAUGCAGUCGGGCUGGCCAGGGUAUUCAAUCGGUGGACGGCAGGAAUCCGAGACGAGGCUUACCUGAUAGGAGAGCGACUCCACAACUUUGGAGCUGUCACGGCAGGUUCCCGGAAGGCUAGGAGGGCUUGGGGCGCGGCUGGUGGAAGGCUUUGA